AUGGCGCCACUCUACGGCGCGAUGGCGCCGCAAUUCUCCGGCAAGGGCCCCAAGCACAGCGACAAGAAGCAAGAGUUCCACCAAGAGAUGCUGCGCAAACUGGCCCUGCACCUAGCCGCACAGCCUGAUGCGCAGCCUGAGCCACAAGAACCAGAGGCGAUGCGGGACGAGUCUCCGGAGAACGUCAGCCACUUCUGUGAGUGUGCUCCCUUCUUCAAACAAGUCGAGCCCAGUGAGGAGAGUGUAGGCCAACACUCGGACGGUCGGCCGGACACUCCAAGCUUUUGCGCUACUCCAGAGGAGCAUGGCAUGCCUGUGUGGACAGACAGGAAUGCCUCCAGCUUCAGCUAUGAGGAGGGUGAGGGAUAUCACUGCGUCUGCGUGCCCAGUUACAUAGUGCACGGCCUCCUGGAAACCUUGGAGGGCAAAGGCCGUAAGGAGCGCAAGGACCAAAACUUCCACCAGGAGAUGCUCCGGAAGUUGGCGCUGCACCUGGCAGCGCAGCCGAAGGCCCCGGAGGCGCAGGCCUACCCCGCGGCGUGUCCGCCGCAGGUGCAGGUUGUGGAGAAGGCGGAGGUGCCGAAGGCGCCCCGAAUCGGCGGCAGGGACGAGGAGUUUCACAAGCAGAUGCUCCAGAAGCUGGCCUUGCACUUGGCCGCGCAGCCGGAUGUCCCAAAGGAACCGGAGGCGCCGCGGCCGCGAGCGGCGCCUGCGUCGUCCACAGGGCCCAUGCAUGCAGCGCCGGUAUCCGGAAACCAUGCGGCGCCAGAGCAUCAGGAGCUGCUGCGGAAGCUGGCGCUGCACCUAGCAGCGCAGCCAGAGCCGCUGGAGAAGCCCAGGCAGCUGGAGAUUGAGCCAUCGGCGGCUCAACUCGGUGAGGACAAGGCUCAUUGCGACCGGUUGAUGGUGGACCUGGAGGCUGAACCCAAGAGGUCCGAGGUCAUGUCCUGGGUCCUGUGCAACGUGCAAGCGCUCGCGCUGACGCAGUUCGGGUCGCGGGUGGUGCAGAAGGCCAUCGCCGGCGCCUGCGUCGCGGAGCGGGAGCGCUUCGCGGGUUUGCUGCACUUCGCCACGGAGCUGUACGUCUCCCCCCACGGGAACCACGUCUUGGCCAAGCUCAUUGAAGUGCUGCCCUCUUCGCGGCUGGUGUGCAUCGCCGAGGCGAUGCGCAGCCAGGCCCCCACCGUAGCGCGGCACCAGUUCGGGAGCCGCAUCCUGGAGCGGCUCAUGGAGCAUUGCAGCGAGGAGCAGAUUGGCUUUUUGCUGGACGAGCUGAUGGAUGACCUCGAGGCGUUGGCACGGCACCCCUUCGCCAACUUCGUGGUGCAGCACAUCUUCGAGCACGGCCUCGAGGACCGCAAGGCGCUAUGCUUUCGGCGGCUGUUGCCACACGUCCUGCAGCACGCCACCCACAAGACCGCCAGCAACGUGGUCCAGCGCAUGCUGGAGCAUGCUGACGUCAGCAGCCAGGCCUUGAUCGCCGACGCCUUCCUUGCUGGAGAGGGGGACUUCAGCCUGGAGACGAUUGCGGCCACAAGGUACGGCAGUUUUGUGAUCCAUUCCCUGGUGGACAAGCUCCACCCCCGCAUCGACGCCAUCAAAAGUCGUGUGAAGGCUGCCCACCCGCAGCUCCAGCAGUCCAAGUUCAGCCAGAAGAAUAUUUUGGACUUCCUGGGCGAGGCGUUCUUCAGCGACUGA